UCUGUGCUGCAGGUUUAAGGGAUCUCACCAUGAGCCGAGCCAGGACAUCGUCGCUGCUCCCCCCCCUUCAUCUGCUUUUCCUUUGGUCCAUCAUCUCAACGGAGCUUCCCUGUUCCGCCGCGGGAGGCUCAGCUCCGGCGCUCACGUCCAACAACACGCUCAGAAACCACUCCAAAUGCGGCGGGGAAAACGCCGGCUGCAUAGACGGCGUCAUCCUGCCGGUAUGGGAGCCGGAAAACCCGCCCUUCCCCGACCGCGUCGCCAGAGCCAUCAUAUACUUUGUGGGACUGGCGUACAUGUUCCUGGGCGUCUCCAUCAUUGCGGACCGCUUCAUGUCGUCCAUCGAGGUCAUCACUUCCCAGGAGAGACAGAUCACCAUCACAAAGCCCAACGGCGAGAAGAUCACCACGACGGUUCGCAUCUGGAACGAGACCGUGUCCAACCUGACGCUGAUGGCGCUCGGCUCCUCCGCGCCCGAGAUCCUGCUGUCCGUCGUGGAGGUUUGCGGCCACGGCUUCGAAGCCGGCGAGCUCGGCCCAAACACCAUCGUGGGAAGCGCUGCCUUCAACAUGUUUGUCAUCAUCGGGCUCUGCGUGUCGGUCAUUCCCGACGGCGAGACGAGGAAGGUGAAGCACCUGCGGGUGUUCUUCGUCACCGCCACGUGGAGCGUGUUUGCGUACACGUGGCUCUACCUGAUCCUCGCCGUUAUUUCCCCCGGCAUUGUCGAGAUAUGGGAGGGCCUGCUCACGCUCUUCUUCUUCCCCAUUUGUGUCGGGUUAGCUUACGUGGCCGAUCGCAGACUCCUCUUCUACAAGUACAUGUACAAGCGCUACAGAGCGGGGAAGCAGAAAGGGAUGAUCAUUGAAACGGAGGGAGAGCCGGAGAUUCCCUCGAAAGUCAACGUCGAAAUGGACGGGAGAACGCUCAACGCCCGCGACGUCGAGGAGCCGGACGACGACGAGGCUCGCCGAGAAGUCGCCCGACUCCUGAAGGAACUGAAACAGAAACAUCCCGAGAAAGACAUGGAGCAGUUGAUGGAGCUUGCCAACUACCAAGUUUUAAACCAGCAACAGAAAAGUCGGGCUUUCUACCGCUGUCAGGCGACCAGGAUCAUGACGGGAGCGGGGAAUGUUUUGAAGAAGCACGCCGCCGACGAAGCCAAGAAAGCCGCGCUGCACGAGAUCUGCGCCGAGGUUUCGGUCAACGACUUCUCCUCCAAGGUGUUCUUUGACCCCGGUAGCUACCAGUGUCUGGAGAACUGCGGCAGCGUGGCGCUGAACGUGGUGCGCCGGGGCGGAGACCUGACGAGCUCGGUCUCGGUGGAUUACCAGACUGAAGACGGCACCGCAAACGCCGGAUCGGAUUACCGCCUUACCAAAGGAACGAUUGUCUUCAAGCCGGGCGAGACGGAAAAGGAAAUCCGCAUCGACAUCAUCGACGAUGACAUCUUUGAGGAGGACGAGCAUUUCCUGGUUCACCUCAGCAACGUGCGCGUCGUGUCGGCGGGCGCCGGCUCUGGCGAGCGAGAGGCUAACCACGUGGACACCCUGGCGGGUCUAGGACUGCCGUGCACGGCCACCGUCACCGUCUUCGACGACGACCACGCGGGGAUCUUUACCUUCGAGGAGCCGGUGGUGACGGUGAGCGAGAGCGUCGGCGUGAUGGAGGUGAAAGUAAUCCGGACAGCAGGAGCUCGGGGCGUCGUGGCGGUGCCGUACAAAACCACAGAGGGGACGGCGAAAGGAGGCGGAGAGGACUUCGAGGACACAUAUGGAGUCCUGGAGUUUGACAACGAUGACAUCUCGUAAACUAUCACAAUAAAA